AAAAAGAUAGAAAAAAAAACAAAACAAACACACUCUCCUUUGGCGCACACAAAUACACUUUGUUUGUUUCUUUCUUCCUUCUUCUUCUCUCCUUUCUCUCUCAAUCUUCUUCUUCCUUCAUUCCUUUAAUUUCUCCUUUCAACCACACAAAUCAAACCCACUUAAUCAUCCACCAUUUUAAACCGGGUCAAUGACCCAAACCCAAAAAAAAUCCAUUAACCCAUUUUCUCAAACCCAUAACCAAAACCAAAACCCAAAAACCGAAUCUUCAUCUUCAUCUUCUUCACGAAACGGUAUGAAACUUAUUGUUCCUCUUCAAAGUGUAGUUCAAGGUCGUAAUGGUUUUCUUCUUGGUAGUUUAAUCCCUUGUGCUCUUUUUUACUUUUUUCAACUUUAUCUUAAACGACGUCGUUCUAAUUCAAAUUCUAACAAUAACCCUUCUUCACCUUCUUCUUCUUCUUCUCCUACUCUUGUUCUUCCUCGUUCUUCUUCUCGUUCUAAUUUAUCUUCUCGUGGAUCAAUUUCUCGUGUUCGUCUUUCAAAACUUGCUUCCAUUCUUUCUAAACCUGAUGAUUCUCUUUAUUAUAUUGGCUUGGAUAGAGUUUUACAAGAUCCUUAUGAUGUUUUUGUUAACCCCAAUGGAAUUAUUCAGCUAGGUUUGUCUGAUAACAAGUUGUGUUUGGAUUUGAUUGAGAAAUGGUUGGUGAAGAAUUUGGAAGGAUCAGUGAUGGGAAAUAGUGAUAUGAAUUUGAGUAUUAAUGGAAUUGCGCCUUAUCAAGCCUUUGAUGGAUUGAAUGAAUUGAAAAUUGCCUUGGCAGAUUUUAUGCAUCAGGUUAUGGGAGGAUCGGUGGAAUUUGACCCAUCAAAUAUGGUACUAACAUCUGGAGCAACUCCUGCAAUCGAGAUACUAUCCUUCUGCUUGGCAGAUCAAGGAAAUGCUUUCCUUGUGCCUACACCUUUUUAUCCAGGCUUUGACAGGGAUGUAAGAUGGCGUCCAGGGAUAGACUUAAUACCUGUUCACUGUCGAAGUACCGACAAUUUCAAUCUAAACAUCACUGCUCUCGAACAAGCAUUUAGUCAAGCAAGAAAACGAGGAGUUAAAGUUCGUGGGAUUCUCAUUUCUAACCCUUCAAAUCCCGUCGGCAAUAUCCUGACGCCAGAAAUGCUUUUCAGUCUUCUGGACUUUGCUGAAGAUAAAAACAUUCAUAUCAUAGCCGAUGAAGUAUUUGCAGGCUCAACGUACGGAAGCGAGGAGUUUGUGAGUAUAGCAGAAGUUCUAGAUUCCGAAUACAUAGAUAAAAGCCGGGUUCAUAUAAUAUACGGCCUGUCAAAAGACCUAGCGAUUGCCGGCUUUAGAGUCGGAGUUAUAUAUUCACACAACAAAACUGUUUUGGAUGCAGCCAAAAAAAUGAGUAGAUUUGCAACUAUAUCGGCUCCAACACAGAGGAUAGUUACUUCAAUGCUUUCAGAUAAACGGUUCAUUCAGGAGUACAUUGACACCAACCGGCAUAGAAUAAGGCGUGUGCACGACGAGUUUGUUGAUUGUUUAACUAAACUAGGAAUCAAGUGCGCUAAAAGCAGUGCCGGUAUGUUCUGUUGGGCCGAUAUGAGUGGUUUAAUCAAACCUUAUAGUGAGAAAGGCGAACUUGAAUUAUGGGAGAAGUUUAUGAGUGUUGCUAAGAUCAAUAUAACUCCUGGAUCAGCUUGCCAUUGCAUAGAACCAGGAUGGUUUCGUAUUUGUUUUACGACUAUAUCAUUUGAGGAAAUCCCUCUAGUUAUUGAAAGGAUUAGGAAAGUUGUUAAAACUUGUAAAUCUUCAAGUUGAAGUUCCAUUAUUUCUUCUGACAAUUAUGAUUAUUGCCUCCUAUUGGUGCUGUUUUAUAAAUUUUCGGAAGGAAAGUAUACAUCCCUAGAUAUCAAGUUCAGAUUUUCCUGCAGAAUGCAGGAUUUUUAUUA